AUUGCACCGGAAGCAUUUCCUGAGCUCUCAUCGUAGCUUUUUUUCCGGUGCUAGCGGCAACAUUUGUGCGAUAGAUAGAAAGCAUUUCGGGCUUUUUGGUUUUACAUUUUGACACAUAAAAUAUGAGUCUGUUAACCAAACCCAAGAGUGACAUGACUCCAGAUGAGCUGCAGAAACGGGAAGAGGAGGAAUUUAAUACAGGACCCCUUUCUGUCUUGACACAGUCUGUUAAAAACAACACCCAGAUUCUGAUCAAUUGUCGGAACAACAAGAAACUGCUUGCCAGAGUCAAGGCUUUUGACAGGCAUUGCAACAUGGUGUUAGAAAAUGUAAAGGAGAUGUGGACAGAAGUUCCAAAAAGUGGCAAAGGCAAGAAGAAAUCAAAACCAGUCAAUAAAGACCGCUACAUCUCCAAGAUGUUCCUUCGGGGAGAUUCAGUCAUCAUUGUCCUUAGAAAUCCUCUUAUUUCUGGAAAAUAACUAAUUUGAUACUGCUGAUUGUCUUCGAUGGGACUCUGUUAAGCUGAUUGAUCUAUAAAACCAUAUUCUGCCUCUUCUUAAUGAAGACCUAUUAUGAGCAGAAAGGGUUUUUUUUUUUUUUUUUUUUUUUUUUUUUUUUGGACCAGCUGAACUUUAGCUUGUAUGAAAGUGAAAAACAUACAUAUGAAAAACUGUAGGUCAGGUCUGAGACUGUUGAUUUUGAUAAAACAGAUAACAUUUCAUUCCAGUGUAGUGUUAAUUCUUUGGUCAUGUGUAUCCAGUCAUUUAACUAUCUUUCUACUUUAUUAAUUUCUGUUUUAUUGCAUGAUAUUUAACUCUUUGAUGAAGGAAGUAAGAAACUGUUAAGAUUGUGUGUGGGUGUUUGUUUUUCUCGUGAGUGUGGCAAAAUUGUGCACACACUUCCUUACAGUAACCUAACUACUUGGGAAUAUGUUUUAGAUUUGCUGUAACUUUUGUGUGAAGGACAUUAUUCCACGCUUCCUUUUCAGCUGCAUGGCAGGAAUUUCUGUAGUUCUGCCAGCAAAUCACAAUGCCGUGCUGAUGCUGUUGCUCUUUGGGAAUUCCAAACUCAACAGGAAUUCUGGAGUGUUGCAAGAACAUUGGCCCUGUCUGAUCCAUCAAAUUGCAACCUUGAUAGAAACAAUUGCUCACUUCCAGAAGUCUUAAAUGCUUCUGAGCAGUGUAAAGUGUAUAUUGGCUCAGCACAGUUUCACAGUGGUUGGGCAUUUCACGGUUGAAGUGCAUUUCACGGUUGAAGUGUUUUCUAAGUCACUUAUGCUUUUCUAAAGUUUUUACAAAGAAUUAUUUAAAAUAAAUAUCACUGUAGAUUCUCAGCUAGAGCGUCUUCUGUGUGGAGGCAUGCGUGAAUGGGUGUGCCUUCGUUGAAGGUUGUGCAUCACGGCUGGUAACUCGGCACAUAAAAAUCCACUACCAAACAUUAGCGGACCGGAGUUCUGCUGUGUCGACCCCCAACCAGGAUAAGCCGAAAGACACAACAACAAAUCACUGUAGCCAUUUGGGCCAUGCCUUUUCUAUAGGCAGGAUAUAUGUACACCUUUCAAAAAUAAGUCAAGCAGCUACUGUUACCUUAAUAUUUAUGUGAACAAGUGUAAGGGGGCGGUCUCUCUAAACAGUAAGACUGGCUUGGCUAUAGGUAGUUGGCAGAUUAAAGCUUUUUGAGUUACCAAAAAUCUUACCCCAUUCCAUGAGCACAUCUUGUCUCUCUUGAUGCACGUUAUUCCAUUUUAUAUUUGCAAAGAAAAGUACACCAGAUUGCCCUUUAGAUUUCUUAUUGGGGUUUUUAAUAUUUCUGUAUUUUUUCUCUGUCUCUCUGUUGCGCUCUCUCUCUCUCUCUCUCUCGUAAUUUCCCACCUACUGGCAAUAUGGGAGUAUUCUUUCCUUUCCCCUCAUUUUUAAAGGAAAACUCAGCACAUCAAAAUAUUGACUGACCUAUUGUAUCACUGUUUUCGGAGGCUAAUGUCCUUUUCUGUAAUAUGUCCUUACAUCACCAACACAUUAAGCAUGAAUUUUGAGCUGUUAGAAAUGUGCAUUAGUUUGAUGUCUGGAUGGUUAUUUCAUAUGUAAACUCUUGUCAUGAUCAGACUAAAUGCUGUGGCAUUUGGAUUGUUGGGUGGAUUGUGAUUGCAUGUGUAUAAUUUUAAUUGCUUUAAAUGAAAACCAUGCUGCUUUACACCCAGAGUGUUUUUUUUUUAUUUAUUUAUUUUUUUAUUAGUAUUUAUUAAAUAAUGCUUCAUAACUGAAAGAUGGCACCGUGCACAUGGAGAAGACUGAGAGUUUGGUCUCUGACUUUGUGUUGGUAAUGAUCCCGCUUAAUUUCAUUCCUGUGUAAGGCUAAUUUCUCUUUCUAUUUGUUCAUACAGUUUUGAUCCUUCACAGUUCAACAGUUCAUAUUUUCCAUGUUGUGUAUGUUAUGCUAACUUGAUCCAUGUUUGUAAACAGAUGUUGCAAGUAAACUGCAGAUAUUGGAAGAGCGUUCUAGAAAAAAAGAAACCUGUCAAAACUCAUUGAUUUUUUAUCGAGUCAUACUGUUUUUUUUUCCUGAUAUUGAUUUUUUUUAAAUAAAGUUUACAUGUGUUUCAUUUA